AUGAGUCCGUUGACAGUUGGUAUCGUUGGCACAGGCAUUUUUGCCAGAGAAUCACAUCUUCCCGCGUAUCAAGCGCUGCCAGAAAGCUUUCAAGUUGUAGCAGCUUUUAAUCGAACCAAGAGCAAGGCUGAAGCGUUUGCAGAAGAUGCUGGGAUUGCCAAGGACAAGGUUUACGAUAGUCUGGACGAAAUUCUGGCUGAUGAGUCGAUCUCAAUGGUGGAUGCACUGCUUCCAGUCCAAUUUAACGCCCAGACCGUGGAGAAAUGCAUAGCGGCCAAAAAACCGGUUAUUUUGGAAAAACCAAUUGCAGCUACCAUUGCAGAGGCCAGAAAACUCGUACAAUUGGCGAACUCGACCACCUUACCAAUUGCAAUCGCAGAAAACUGGCUCUAUUUGAACGCUGCCGAUGCCAUGAAAGAGCAUCUGGCAGAUAUUGGCCCUGUCGUCUCCUUCACUUACAACUCGACAGGUGCCUUCGUGAAGCACAAUAAGUACCUGGCCACUACUUGGAGACAGAAACCUGAGCACAUCGGUGGAUUCUUGUCCGAUGGUGGUGUGCACCAGUUGGCCCUUCUCACUGAGGUUUUGGGCGAAGUCGACUCCGUAAGCGCCUUCACGAAGCAGGUUCGUGAACAGUCGGGUACAGACGACGUGGUAUUCUCCACGAUGAAAAUGAAGGAAAGCGAUUUGAUUGGAACGUUCACAUACGGGUCUGCUUUUGGCUCUUGCGAGAAAUCGAUCUACUUCAAGGUCUACGGGCUCAAUGGUGCGGUGACCUUGAAUCUUUCCGACAAGAAAAACCCCUUCAUUACCAAGACCGUUGGCGACUCUGCUGAAGCCAAUGGCGAUGUGCAGACAAUUCCUAUCGAAGAGCACCCUUCAUUCGGCAUCCAGGAAGAGUUUCUAAAUUUCCACGAGGCCGUUGUUAAGAAGGAGAAGAGAAUCAUUAGAGGCUCUCCAACGGUCGCUUUCCACCAUCUGGCUUGUGUUGCUGCAUUCUUGGAAUCUUCUGCCAAUAACGGUUCCAACGUCGUUGUUGAGCAGCCAUGA